GCAUCCAUAUGGUGUAUCAGUUUUAUGCAAGUAAAAGAAUUGUCAGUUGAAUGUGAGAAAACUUUCCCAAAAUCAAAAUGUUUCCCAAAUCUGCACUAGUCUACUGGUUUGUGGACGCGAAACCACGUUGUGGCACCGUCGAUCACCACCGUUUGCGCAAAUGGGAGUUAUUUCAGAUGGAGCUGGAGGAGGGAAAUGCAUGUGAGGCAUUGUGGUCUAAAGGGAAAUGGAUCCCUUGUAUUAUUCUACGCUUCGACGAAACUAGAGACGCCAAAGCACUGGAGAAUCGAUAUUUGGCGGACCAGAGCGACAUCGACCGCGAGGAUUCCAACGGUCGCGAUGCAGCGGAGAAUGUGGCCCAGAAGUGCGGUGUUACACUCCAAGAUAUGCGAAAAAAGUAUAUUGACUCGCUGGCUCGGCCGCUAAAAGCUGGAGCGAGAGGCAGGAAGACAACGGUGCCCAAGGAACCUGCCACGAACUCACAGCGGGCAGCCCCAACGCCUGCACUGGCACCCGCCUCGACACGUCUGCCAGCCAUGCCACCCCUGCUUGUUCCAGCCGUAAAUCCAGCGGCCCCUGUUAUCCGAGCGCCCGAUGCUACUACUCCGUCUAGCGUUGCGGUUCUACCAUCUGUGCCAGUUCAGCGCAUUGCCGUGCAUGCAGAGGCUCAUCACGCUCGUGUUGAAGGCAGCACUUUGUCAGCCAGCGGAGAAAGCGCGGAAGCCGCUGCACAUCAGCGAAAUGUUGGGCAGCAGACGUUAUUCCGAGAACGCACCCCGGAACUGGCACAGCGAAUCGACGUCUUAAGCACCGACAUGCUUAAGUUAAAAAAAGAAGUGACUCACUUGAAAGACCAAAAUUCACAGCUAGUCGCUGACAACUUGAAACUUGGAAAACAGCUGCAGUCACUGGAGUCUCGGGUGGCGUCUAAAAGUCGGGAGAGUGCCGAGGACAAAGAUCUAUUGGACAAAAUGAAGCAGCAUACGCAGGUACCGUAUGCCAUCAAAGCUGGACUGCUGCAUUUUUUUAAGGAGGAGGAGUUGGUGUACGGUGCGUUGACGGCAAAAGGCGCAGCCGCAUCGCUUAUUGCGCGGAACGUGUUAGAUGCCAAGUGCAUCAAGAGUAAGUGCUUGGUAUCCUGGUGCGCGUUUCGAAACAAGCCGGAGUUGACGGAUGAUAAAUUUCGGAAGAAGGUGACCACCUGUCUGGAAACCGCGAAAUGUAAUCACAAAGCCGCGAUAAAGCGCUUGGAAGGUUCAGGCGGAAGCAACGACGCCAGCAUGGACACGGGCGAUUCACUGAUGUUAUAAGCCAAAUACUAAUUUUGGGCAAUUUUGUAUUUUUUUCUCUUCUUGCCGUAUGCCUGGUUAUCUUGCCUUCCAGUUGAUAUCCACUUGAUUUUUAAUCUCCAGUCUGUCAAUUUUCGUCUACAUUGAAGUCAACUUAUUUUGCAAUUUUUUGUGCUAGCCGA